GCCUGGUGGACGUCCACCACAGCAUCAAAUGGCUUCAAUUCAAAGAAAGCGUGACAGAUUCGUCUUGCAUUGGCUUGACCAGUCAAGAUCACAUCGUAUAGUGUUCCUUCUUGAGCUCUUGGACCUCGACUACGAAGUCAAGGUCCACUUACGGCACCCAGCCACCUGGAGAGGCCCAAAAGAGCUUUUCAAGGUGCACCCAUUGGGAAAGUCUCCAAUUCUCGAAAUCUUCCAUGGCGACGGGCUGGCCCCGCUCGUGUUGGCGGAAAGUGGCUUCAUCGUGCAGUACCUCAUCCGAACCUAUGAUUAUUCUGAACUUCUCACCCCCACCCAUCCUCGUGAAAAGAUCCAGGCAGAUUACUUCAUGCACUAUGCCGAGGGAACGUUGCAACCGUUGAUGAUCUCGCUUCUCAUCAACUCGGCCGCCAAGGAUGUGGCUCCCCGGGGAUUGAAGUCGCUCACCAAAAUCAUCACUAAAGGCUUGAACAAUGCCUAUUACUACCACGAGUGGCUCUUGAACAUGGACUACUUGGAGAAUCAGCUCGCAAAAGAAAGUUCGGGCUAUUUUGUGGGAAACAAGCUUACGGGGGCAGAUAUCAUGCUCACGUUUCCAGUGUACGAGAACAUCUUUGACAACGAAGUGGGAAUCAAGGAAAUCACUGGCAUGAAGGAAGACUUGUUCAAAAAGUACCCCCGGCUCGCAGCCUGGUCCAUGAUGAUCAGAGAGCACCCAGUGUACAACAGGGUGACUGAGAUUAUGGACGAGCAGCUCCAGGAGUACAUUACUCUGCACGCCAAGAAGAAGAAGAAGUAAAGAGACGAAGGUAAUGGGGGUGGCCAAUUAUGCGUUUCUCAGUGUAACUGAAAAUUCGCAGAGGAGCAUUGUCUCAGCCUGACUCGUAUUGGUUGAAAUAAUUAACUUACGCAUCCUAGCCGGUAACGGGAACACCAAGGAAGCGACCAGCCCUAAAGAUUGUUACAUCACUGGUAAUUUAAGAGCGAAUGUAACACCGAAGCCUCGAGAAUUCCGAGAAAAUAUCAUAGCUUCUGCGGAAUUAAACACCUAUGCUAGCUCGGACGCCACAGAGCGCAGCCCUAAACAGCGGACUGAUUUCAUACCCCCAGAGCUUAGAAACAGGCCACCUUAAUGCGGCUUCUACCACCCUCAAUUGCGAAUGAAUGGGCCAGUUAUGACUUAUCGCAGCCCAUUCCCUGUACUAAUUAAAUAAAUAAUCCACGAAUGUGAUAAUCCCCAAG